GCAGCGGUGGGGCGCUCUCGAAAGCAGGUAGAGAGAGGAGAGCUGGCACAGCGCCGGCCACCGCGCACCUCAGCGAGAGAUGCGCGCGCAGCGCAGUUUGUGCGGGCCCGUGGGGGACGCAGGGGCCGGUAAAAUGGUGUGCUAUUCAAACGUGUGACGCCGUGCGUGUGACGAUGGAUACCGUCAGGUGAGAUGCCCUUCGUCAAGUGGACCGUCGAGCCGGUGUUCAUCAGCCGGCAGCCCAUACCCCCGGAUAAAAAUGUGACUGACGAACUCGAGGCGAGCGCCAACAUAACUUUGGUCGGGACCCUGAGGCAGCUCGCUUGCUUGGUCUCGGUCGCCGACUGCAUCUUUGAAGGGAUCAGCGCCGAAUGCCGACUCAUCCAAGAGAGAAGCGAGGCACUGAGGAAUAAGCUGCAGCGCUGCGAGAAGACCGUGUCCGAGCUUAACGCCAAAGCUGUCCGAAUACCCUUGGGGGACCUGACCCAGUUCAGCCUAGUGAAGGAGCACUACGCGACGCGGUACGAGCAUGAGCGGGACCUGUUCACGCCGGGCACGAGGCCGGCACGAGUCCGAGAGCUGUACGAGUCUGCGGCGGCGACUCCCCCUCUGCACGUGAUCCGCUGCCUGGGCCACGAUGAGUCGAGCGAGCUGGACUCGCGGGGGCUCUUCCUCUGCAUGCCCGUCUGGGGCGACGCCGCCAAGAGGAGGCUCGCCCUAGACCUCGACAUCGAGACCAGAAGGCCUGCAAGCUUGCUGGUGGGAAAGGAGGCCCAGGAUGGGACAAGUGAUGGGGAGGAGCCACUGCUGAGGCUUCCUUCCCCGGAGGAGAAGAUGCAUGCUUUGUCCUUGGAGUACCCCCCAGUCGUGGUUCCCAUCGAUACCUCCGAGAGCAACUUCAACCGUUUGUCGUCUGUUCGGAGGUCUUUGAUCCAUGUUGACUUCCUGAUCAAACGAAAGAAGCACCACAAAAGGCGCAACACCAUCUCGGAUGGGAACUCCAAGGAGAUAGAAGAGGCCCUGGCCAGUCGGAAGAAGUCUGGGACCAUAGUCAAGACGGAGGCCCUGAUCCACACCUCCUGCCAGACGGACGACGACCUGCUGACUGCCACAACGAGCAGCGCCGGCAAGUCCAGUCGCAGCAAGCGCCGCUCCGAGGGGAGUCCGUCUUCCGGAGACCUCUCCUCCUCAUCCGCAGAGAACAACGCCGCCGCCAAAACGGAGAAGCGGUCCUCGUUCUACGAGGCAAUGAACUUUAAACUGGGCAGAGACUGGAAGUUUCUCAAGAAGUCAAGCAAGAAGGAGGAAGGCUCGUCAAAAAACGAGAGCGCGAGGGCGGGGGACGGCAAGGCGGAGGGCGGCACGUCCACUGGAGGGACUGACAAGAAGCGCAGGUCCUUCCUUCCAAUUUCCACCAACUCGGCGGCCAUGACGGUGGCAGUGAAGCUCCGCGAGACCUCAGCGCGUACGGGCUCCAAGGGGAUGGAGGAUGGGCAGUCCUCAAGCGGCAAUUGGAGUGCCAGCAGCAGCACGCGGGCGUCGGUGGAUUCGGACCAACAGACGUCCAUGGCCUCCCCGGACACCAUGCCGCACAGCCACUCGGAGAGCUCCCUUGGCAAGGACUCCCUCUUCUCUGACAACACCCACCACAGCACUGAUGGGAGGUCGCACGACGAGACGGUAGCGGGCUACAGCUCAGACGCGUCCGUCGCCCUCACCGGCACCACCGCGGCGUCGUCUUGGAAGCCCGGCCCCCCGGGUGCUACAGCCUGCCGCUCCAACAUCAACUCCAGCUCGACGGACCCCGAGAGCCAGUCUGGGACAAUCACGCCGGAGACCUGCCAGUCGGACUCCAAGUCCUCUUCCUCUCCCCGGCGUAAAAUCAGCGUCGGCUCCGAUCCCUUCACCAGCCACAUAGACGACGGAGACUCUUCGGUGUACUCUGUGGACACGGACGGUUACUACACCUCAAUGCACACCGACAGCGGUCUGAUCAAGCACACCCCCGGUAAAUUCGGAGAGGAGGCAGAGGAGGGCAACUUUGCCGCAGCCGGGGACAGGGGUUCGCAGACGUCCAUCGACACUAUCGGGAACUUGAGCUUGAACAGCUUCCUGUCACAGAAUGCCAACGACACCGGCAACGAUACUUGCUCCAUAGCCAGCACGCUUACGCAGAGGUCGAGGGUGCCUCCCGCUCCCCCGCCGAGGCUCUGUAGCGUCAGGACGCUGUCGCCAAUCCCUUCGCAGAAAGAAAACUCUCCGCCUCUGUCUGCGGGGGACGUCUCGGAAUCUGACUGCGAGGUCGGCGAGAGGCUAAGGCGGAAGACGUCCAUCGGUUCCUUCCGGUACCCGUCUAUCUGCGCAGUCUCCCCGGAACCCAGCGACGAGGAAAACUGCCGGCUGGACCUUGAGAAGAGGGCGCCCAAGAAGAACCCUUCGGCUUCCGGUUCAAAUGGCGCAGUGCAACCUAGCACGUGUAAGGGUAGUGGCCAGGAGGCCCCUCGGCAGAAGAGACCAGAGACAGAAAUCAUGGAAGAAAAUGAAGAUUCUUCCGAAGCUGACCGGUGCAACAUGUAUGGUGUGCAGUCUCCCCGCAAGGUGCCCUUUCUAAAUGCAAUUGUGUCUCAGACAGAUGUGUCACCAAACGCUGGAAAGCAGCCAACCCUGGGGUCGUUCUCCUCCGCUGAAUGCGAGCUGACAUUUGAUACUGCCCCCGACUCGAGCAGGGGCGGUGGUACAAAGAGGGUCACCAUCUGCGAGAAGCCGUCGAAAAACCCGGCGGCGGUGGCUACCGCGACGUCUGAUGCCAUUAGUCAAAAACCAGGCGUGCAAACAACUCCCAGUGCAUCUACUAGCCCCGUGUCAGACGUGCAGCCCAGAAAUUCUCCAGGCGAUGUCUCUCGUGUUUUCGUAGGAACCACGGCAAGUCCUACAAAGGGUUCUGAACAGACAGAGGGGAUACGCCAGACACCGAGCCCUCCAAAAUCAGGGGGAUCUGCUACUGCGUCUAGCCCUUCGUACACCCCUUUCUAUUUGAACAGGCCGUCCUCAUUAAUGAGCAGGACGAGGUCACCUUUCCUAUCUUACCUUUCACGAAACGCGUCGCCCACAAAGACAUCGUCGACGCCGAGUCCCCCUUCCCCGGCACGCUCGCCUGGCCUCAUGGGCUCCUGCCGGGAAGCCACGCAAUUGACCCCGAGAACCACCGACGUGCGAGAAUGCCCUGAGCAGUCUUCGCCUACUGCGACCACUCCCCACACGAGUCCACGGGGCAGCCCUCAGACGAGCCCGCAGACCACGCCUCCGGCCGUGCCCCCGCCACCUCCUCCGCUCACCUACAGCAGCAAGGUGUUGGAACGGGGGUCGGCGAGACUGCCCAGCGUCACGAACGAACCCAACAGCGUAUUUACGCAGUCGUCCACCUCGAGCAGGGUCGGUGCUAGGGUGACCCUCGAUCCCGAGGGCAAGGUCAUCUACAGCUCAAACUCUCUGGGAAGGCGACGCGACGGCCAGCCCGUAAACUUUGGCUCGCGGAAGAUCCCUUGUCCUAGUGCCCCGUCGGCAAACAAGUAUGCGACUCUACCUCCGAUGGUUUCUCCGGUGUCAAAUGCCGACCCACGUGCCUACGUCAAGCUGGAUCCGGGCGGUGCGGCAGAAACAUACUCCAGCAGCACCGUUCCGCGGACCAGGCACUCCGUCUCUGCAGUCGGAGUGCCGCCGUCAAGGGGUGAGGCAACCUCCCCUACCGGCCCGCCGAGAGCCACGACCCCGAGCUCGCCUUCCGGCAUAGUUAAGGCUCAUGUCCCCGCGGCAGGGUUGAGGACACCGCAACUUCGGCAAGAGCCCUCCAGAAGGAGUACUCCCCAGCCGACCUCCACAUUCUCGCAUGUCGGCGGGUCGUUGGGGAGGGUUCCGCCCGUCCAACGUCCGGCCUCCAUUUCCACGCCCUACGAGAGCAGGCCGGCAGGAACCAGCACCCCGGUGUCUCGGCAUUCCCAAGCCUCGUCGGGACGCGUGACGCCCGUGCACCACUUUUCUCCCAUCAGCCUGCCCGCCUCCACGGCACCGGGACGAAGAACGCCGCUGCAGCCUUCGCCGAGAGAGCCGAUCGGCUCGACCUGGGUCUCCGGCCUGCCACCGCCUCCUUUCGGGUAUCCCGUCACCAGCUCACCGCAGCACGCGUCGCCGCCAAACUUCGUUCAGCAUCCAGCGCAGACGAGAGUACCGCAACAGUUCAACGGCAGGACCACACCGGUGCAGCGUUACACUCCGCCGUCCGAUCCCUGCAUUCCCUGUCCGGGCUCUCCUGCAAGAGGCUACCCGUCGAUGCCUCCAUACUUUGCUCCUCCCGUAGCUUCUUGGGAUUCGGGACGGACGACUCCCACGCAGAAAAACCCGGCUCCGAAUGGCCCGUGUGACACUGGAGCACCUUACGGGACUCCGGACGAACGGAGGCCCGUGCAAGCGUAUGGGCAGGAGGGCCCGAGAGCUGUGCCAGUUAAUAGCCAGGGCUACGGAGGAAGACAACCGCUCGAGCUUCUCAAUGGAAGGACAACUCCCGCGGAGUACUCUUACCAGACUUCUGUUCCCCAGCAGCGUGGGCAAUCUUCAAAUCCAACUUAUUCCGGUAGGACCACUCCAGACACGAGGGAAGGGGCUCGCGUAUCGAUGCUUCGGCAUCAGAAUUACGGUAGUCCGAACCACGCUAACGAGACAUCGCCAGUGCACGACGGCAUUCGAGAUAACAGAAUGAGAGUCGCCCAACCAAUGACCAAUGGACCGAAACAAUUCAUUCCAGAGCAGCACAGGGUCUACUACGGGGUGCACGGCCAAAAUGACAGGCAGAACCCACCGCAGCCCCAGAGACAUGCCUUGAGCCCCAUGAGGCAAGCUCUUCCGGCAACUAGUACCGAUACGUCCCGCUUAGUCGGACCCCCUCACAUUGGCGGGCAGAAUGUGUGGCCCGUGAGAGCAAGUGCCCCGACACCCGCGUACGGUUCGAACCAACGGAGCUUGGAUCGGAGUUACGGGAGCCCCGAGCAGCGUGCCUUCGUCCUCUCGGGGUCUAAAACCUUGACAGCCAACGAUUCAUCGGCGUACGCGGACAGCCUUCGAAAUGCGUACAACAGCCAAAACACCUACCUGUCCCCACCUUCGGCUCAAUGCACGAACGAGCAGAGUUACGCCGCGUUCCGUGGGUUGCCGAAGCGAGGCUCUCCUACCGGACUCUCUUCCACCAGCUUGUCCAGCUCUGGCUCUGAAAGAUCUCCGGACAACAGCAGCAGCAGCACGUCCAUCACUCGAGAGCUCCGGAGGAAGCCGAUGUCCGCGGAGGACCUGUUUGCCGUCAUCCACUCGUCGAAGAAGAAGCACGGAAUCAAAACCGAGGCCGACCUGGCGCAGUCGCCACUGUCUUCGAGGUCCAGUUCGCCCAUGGUCAGCAGCAGGCCCAGCACACCGAGCAGGGGCGGACUCGCCGAAACUGGCUUCCUGAGUCCACGAAGUUCCCGCGACCGCCGCAGCUGGUCCGGAGACGUCUCGCUGGUCCGCACGCCGGGCUCGAUGGAGCGACGGUCUCUUGCCAAUGACCGACUCGGACCGGUCAAGCCAACCAGUCUGCUGGACUUCAAGAAGCUGCUGCUGCAGACCAAGACCACCGGUCAGAACGGACGGGCCAAAAAGUCCGCCGUCGAGCUCCUCAAGGCCGGCCCCGCGAGCAAGGGCUCUGAAGAGGCAGCCCACUCUCUUCCGACAUCUCCCGUCAACGUGCCGAGUCCGGCUGAGAGUCCGACGGGUGCGUCAUGGACCUCGACGGUGCCCCUCAAGCGAGGGGGACGGGUCCGUUCGUCGCUGCAGCACCGCUACGACCACAUGUACCCACCCAUCCUGGAGGACUGUUCGGAAGACGACGGCAGGGCAGCGAGCGCCAAGCAGAAGACGGGCGAACUGCGCGAGGUAGUCGGUGGCGUCCCACAUUCCCCGCCUUCGAGCACUUGGGUGUGACUUCGCGGUGCGGUACACUGCCGUUCUCCCCGUGUGCAUUGAGCCUUUCAAUGGAGUUUUCAUUUCGGCUAUUUUUUGUUUGUUUUUAUUGUGGUUGUGACUAGGGAGCUCGAUGUGCAUCGCGGCCCAUUCUCUAGACUAUGACUGCGGUCCCCGCGUUCUUGUAUUGGAGAGGGUAGUCUGUAAUGACUCCCGAACGAUCCUUUUCUGGUGAAAAUUCAAAUGCUGCAUUGGUCUCUCGUAAGUGUGCCACGAUGGGAAUGCUUUUGCAUCAAUAUACGUACCCUCUUGUUUUUAGUGUCCGCUCUAACUGGGCACGUAAGCCGUGUGCACGCAAAGCUUGCCGAGCAUUGUGAGAAGAAUCGACAUUCAUUAAUGACUUACAUUAAUUUUUCAAGUAGGUACAAGCACUUGCCUAAUGCUGCAGUCAAGAAAAUUUGUCUUCUUUUAUUAUCUGAGUCAUAUUUUAUCUGGCAAACUUUUCAUGUAUGCUGUCUCUCAUACAAGGUGUUUCUGCUAUACAUGUUCAACAAGGGGACCUAUAUUUUAUCGCUUUUCUAAAAGCUUGCAUGCAUUUUCAUUGAAAAGAGGACACAAUUUAUUGACUUGAAUUUUUUAAAAUCGAAGUAACCAAUUUUCCAAGGGGAACAAAGAAUGUAGUCAUUUUUCUGAUUGGUAUGGAUCUGCAUUACAUGUACAGCUAUUGAAAAUCUCUUAAAAUCAAAUAGUAAUCGUAAGAAACAUUAUAAGGAAAUCAAUACCUCCAAACUGUUGUAUUAAUUUAUCCUUGCUUACCUGCCAGUAGAAGGGCCAGAUGUACAUGAUAAAAUCUUACUGGCCUCUCGUUUCCCUUUUUUUUUGCUGCAGUGAGUUGUACAUAUGAUUUUGAUGCCCUUAUUUAUGCCAUACUUUAUAAUGUAUUUGGUGCCUGGUGAUGUAGCUAACUCUUUUUUACACGCUUGUGGUAGGGGUUGCUUUGGCAUGCAUUUAAUCCUCGCCACGGACCAAAUCUUAGAUUUGGCCAUGCUUCGUCGUUCUAACGGCUUCUUUUUAUCUUCAGCAUUAUUACAUGUAACCCAGUUCUCUUACUCGUUCGGUAUUAUGUACACCUACAGAAUCAAAUCUUCUAUGCCGGGAUAAGUGAGGAUGUAUCAAUGGUUUCAUGAGCAUUUACGAUGCAGCCGCCUGUUCUCAUCUCUUCCGAUCGUUCCUUCAUGACGUGCCAUAGGAAGCAUUCUUUUUUCCACAGAUUUCCGCAAGAAGGGGCUCCUGCACUUCGACAUGCACCUCAGUGUUACGCUGAACCUAGCUUGGUAAUCUAGGUGUGACAGCGUGACUUCAUUGUCCUCAUGCAUGCUUGCAGCCGUACGAAUGACCAGCACAUUUUUAGUGUCGAAAUAUACACUUCGCCGUGUCAGUGUGUGAGAGCUGUCUGAUAGCGUCAUUGCUUAAAGCUCCAUAACCACUGUGUUUAAUGUCAUGUUUGGUUUCAUGAAAAAAAAGCUAUCUGGGUACGAAAAUUCCAACAGAUGUUUUGGACAAAAAAAUGUCUGAAUGGAAGCCGUUGCAUAGCUUUUGCUUUCACCCUCACGCACUUAGCAACAUUUUGUGAGCGAGUCUAUAUGUGUUCUAACAGCGAAUUAGCUUACAGGAUCAUGGCACUAAUUGUUGAGAUGUAGGACGCCUGUGCAUUUUCUAGUCUUAGCCCUUUCCCAUGUCUUCACCUCACUCCUGCGUCUCGAGACAUUCUCUAAAUUCUGCCCGUGGCGGCAGCGUGCCUUAGAACCAUCUUUGCUUCGGGGAGCAGUGUUGAGCGGGGAAACUGAAUGUUGGAGUUGGAACAGCCCUCUAUCUUUGUUACGACAUGUUUACCGGUAACGCAUUCUUUGCAAAGAUAUGCUCAUUGAGCGUAAAGUGACCAGUGUUUACAGAGGCAGGCAUUCAGCCUGGAGAAGCAGUAUAAGCCCGGGAUGGAAAACAGAAACCAGUGCGAGUUUCACGAAUUAUGACUUCAGGCCUCUGUAUGUUUGUGAGCACAAGCAUAGUGCCAUUCCAGAUCAUCUGUUGUGUAUUAAGAGGCUGGUGCUCUGAGCUGUAUGUGAGCAUUUUUGUAUAGACACUGAGCAGAACAAGGUCUUAAAAAAAAAACUUGUCCCUUCUUUUAUCAUGGCUCUUCUUGUAGGAUGUAUUAAAAGGUAUUUCACUCAAAUAA